AAUGUCUUUAUCGCGACAAAAGGUUCCAUUCAUUUCCGUAGGCAUUGCCACCUCCGCCUUCCCUCCUCUCUUUUCCUUCGUCUUCUCCAUUUGACACAGAGUAACUCUUCCUUUCUCUGAAAGGAUUUUAGGGUUUUACAGGCUUUGGGAGGAGAUUGAAGGGGCUGUCACACACGUACGUCGGAUAUGGGGACUUGCCGGAGGCAGUUGAAGGCCAUGCUUCGCAAGAAUUGGCUUCUUAAAAUUCGUCACCCUUUUGUUACAGCUGCUGAGAUUCUGCUUCCUACUAUUGUAAUGUUACUGUUAAUAGCUAUAAGGACACGAGUUGAUACCCGAAUUCAUCCUGCACAGCCGUAUAUUCGAGAAGAUAUGUUUGUGGAAGUGGGGAAAGGAAUUUCCCCUAAUUUCCAACUAGUUCUGGAAUCAUUGUUGGCAGAGGAGGAGUUUUUGGCUUUUGCACCAGAUACAGAAGAAACAAGGAUGAUGAUCCACUUCCUGUCGAUGAAGUUUCCUUUAAUUAGGGAAGUUUCUAGAGUCUACAAAGAUGAAGUUGAGUUGGAAACCUAUAUAUGCUCAGAUCUUUAUGGUGCCUGCAAUGGAGUCAAGAAUUGUUCAAAUCCCAAAAUCAAAGGAGCUGUUAUAUUUCAUGAUCAAGGUCCUCAGUUAUUUGAUUAUAGCAUACGUCUUAAUCACACGUGGGCUUUCUCAGGGUUUCCUGAUGUUAAAACCAUCAUGGACGUAAAUGGUCCUUACCUAAAUGACUUGGAAUUGGGUGUUAGUACCAUACCAACAAUGCAAUACAGCUUCAGCGGAUUUUUCACUCUACAGCAGGUAGUGGAUUCAUUCAUAAUAUUUUCUGCUCAGCAAACUGGGACUAAGGCAGCAGGUGGACAUAUAGAGCUGCCAUCAUCCAAUUCGUCUAUCUCUUCGUUGCUCAAAGUGCCGUGGAUGCAAUAUAGCCCUUCGAAAAUUAGAAUUGCUCCCUUUCCAACUCGUGAAUACACCGACGAUGAAUUCCAAUCAAUUGUCAAGACUGUCAUGGGAGUACUCUACCUGUUGGGAUUUCUCUACCCGAUCUCUCGCCUUAUCAGCUAUUCAGUGUUCGAGAAGGAACAGAAGAUAAGAGAAGGUCUCUACAUGAUGGGCUUGAAAGAUGGAAUAUUUCAUCUCUCUUGGUUUAUUGCAUAUGCUUUACAGUUUGCAAUUUCAUCUGGGAUUAUUACAGGUUGCACCAUGAAUAACCUUUUCCAGUAUAGCGAUAAGUCGGUGGUGUUUGUGUAUUUUUUCUCCUUUGGACUCAGUGCAAUUAUGCUGUCAUUUUUGAUCUCUACAUUCUUCACUCGAGCAAAAACAGCUGUUGCAGUUGGAACCCUUUCUUUUCUUGGCGCCUUCUUUCCCUAUUAUACUGUGAAUGAUGAGGCUGUCCCUAUUUCUUAUAGGAUACUGAAGGUCCUUGCUUCUUUGCUUUCACCUACGGCUUUUGCUCUAGGAUCGAUCAACUUUGCUGAUUAUGAGCGUGCUCAUGUUGGGCUUCGUUGGAGCAACAUAUGGCGAGGGUCAUCUGGAGUAAAUUUUUUGGUCUGUCUCUUGAUGAUGUGGCUUGACACGCUGCUAUAUUGUGCUGUUGGUCUAUACCUUGACAAGGUUAUUCCGAGGGAAAAUGGAGUGCGUUACCCUUGGAACUUCUUAUUCAAGAAUUGCUUCUGGAGAAAGAAAAGUAUGAUCAAACAUCAUGUCCCAAGUUUGGAAGUUAAACUUAACGGCAAGCUUUCUAACUUGGGAAAUGACACUGUUGAACCUGCUGUUGAGUCAAUAAGCUUGGAUAUGAAACAACAAGAACUUGACAACAGAUGCAUCCAAAUAAGGAACCUGCAUAAGGUGUAUGCUACUAAAGGUGGGAGUUGUGCUGCUGUUAAUUCACUGCAUCUCACCUUGUAUGAAAAUCAGAUUCUUGCUCUUCUUGGACACAACGGAGCGGGCAAAAGCACAACUAUUUCAAUGCUUGUUGGUCUUCUUCCUCCUACUUCAGGGGAUGCGUUGCUGUUUGGAAAGAAUAUUCUGACAGACAUGGAUGAGAUACGGAAUGGACUUGGUGUGUGCCCCCAGCAUGAUAUUCUUUUCCCAGAACUGACUGUGAGGGAGCAUUUGGAAAUGUUUGCUACGCUGAAGGGUGUAAAGGAAGAGAUUCUGGAGACCAGUGUAACUGAUAUGGUUGAUGAAGUGGGUUUGGCUGACAAAGUGAACACUGUUGUGAGGGCUCUUUCGGGUGGCAUGAAAAGGAAAUUAUCUCUUGGAAUUGCCCUGAUAGGAGACAGUAAGGUUAUAAUUCUUGAUGAACCUACCAGUGGAAUGGAUCCAUAUUCGAUGCGAUUGACAUGGCAAUUAAUCAAAAAAAUAAAAAAGGGCAGGAUAAUUUUGCUAACAACCCACUCAAUGGAUGAAGCUGAUGAACUAGGAGAUCGGAUAGCUAUCAUGGCUAAUGGUUCUUUGAAAUGCUGUGGAAGCUCUCUCUUCUUGAAGCAUCAGUAUGGGGUUGGUUAUACUCUUACUUUAGUGAAGUCUGCACCUACUGCCUCUGCAGCUGCUGAUAUUGUUUACCGCCAUAUUCCAUCAGCAAUAUGUGUGAGUGAGGUUGGAACUGAGAUUUCCUUUAAGCUUCCUUUGGCAUCUUCCUUGUCCUUUGAGAGCAUGUUCAGGGAAAUUGAAAGUUGCAUGAGAGUCUCGAAGUCAAAAAUAAGUAGCAGUGAGGACAAAAAUUAUCUUGGCAUUGAGAGUUAUGGAAUCUCAGUCACGACUCUGGAGGAGGUAUUUCUGAGAGUUGCAGGAUGCGACUAUGAUGGGACUGAUGGUUUCGAGCAGAGGAGUAAUAUUCUUUCAUCUGGUUCUGUGGUUCCUACAGCUUCUCACAAUCAUGGCUCGAAAAGAGUUUUUGGUUCCAAACUCCUAGGAAAUUAUAGAAAGUUUAUCGGGUUCAUUUCUGCAUUAGUGGGGAAAGCAUGUGGUUUAAUGGUUGCGACAGUUUUAAGUUUCAUUAAUUUUAUAGGCAUGCAGUGCUGUAGCUGUUGUAUCAUUUCAAGAUCAACAUUUUGUCAACAUACCAAGGCAUUAUUUAUAAAGAGGGCAAUAUCUGCUAGGAGAGACCGGAAAACAAUUGUUUUCCAGCUUCUAAUUCCUGCUGUAUUCUUGCUUUUUGGUCUUCUUUUUCUCAAAAUUAAGCCACAUCCAGAUCAGCAAUCUGUUAGCUUGACAACUUCACAUUUUAAUCCUCUCUUAAGUGGAGGUGGUGGUGGUGGUCCCAUUCCUUUUGAUCUGUCCCAGCCUAUUGCAAGAGAGGUUGUAAAAUACAUUAAAGGUGGUUGGAUUCAAAGCUUUGAAAAGAGUGUGUAUAAAUUCCCUGAUUCAGAGGGGGCAUUAGCUAAUGCCAUCAAAGCUGCGGGGCCAACUUUGGGACCUGUUUUACUUUCAAUGAGUGAAUUCUUAAUGUCUAGCUUUAAUGAAUCUUACCAGUCGAGGUAUGGAGCAGUUGUGAUGGAUGAUCAGAAUGAUGAUGGAAGUUUGGGAUAUACUGUACUGCAUAAUAGUUCUUGUCAGCAUGCUGCUCCAACUUAUAUCAAUGUAAUGAAUGCAGCAAUUCUUAGGCUUGCUACUGGUGACAAAAAUAUGACAAUUAGAACUCGCAAUCACCCUUUGCCAAUGACAAAGAGCCAGCACUUGCAACGACAUGACUUGGAUGCCUUCUCUGCUGCUGUUAUUAUUAAUAUCGCCUUCUCAUUUAUUCCUGCUUCAUUUGCUGUUGCCAUUGUGAAGGAACGUGAAGUGAAGGCCAAGCACCAACAGUUGAUUAGUGGGGUUUCUGUACUUUCAUAUUGGGCUUCUACAUAUAUUUGGGACUUCAUCAGCUUCUUAUUUCCUUCAUUUCUCGCAAUAGUUCUUUUCUACAUCUUUGGUUUGGAUCAGUUUAUUGGAAGGGAUUGUUUCUUUCCAACACUUCUGAUAUUUUUGGAGUAUGGACUAGCAAUUGCAUCUUCAACAUACUGCCUUACAUUCUUGUUUUCUGAUCACACCAUGGCUCAGAAUGUGGUUCUUUUGGUCCACUUCUUCACCGGACUGGUUCUUAUGGUUAUCUCAUUCAUAAUGGGGCUUAUAGAGACAACAAGAAGUGCAAAUAACUUUCUCAAGAAUAUCUUCAGAAUAUCACCUGGGUUUUGCUUCGCUGAUGGACUUGCUUCACUGGCCCUUCUACGACAAGGGAUGAAAGAUAAAUCUAGUGACACAGUUUUUGAUUGGAAUGUUACUGGUGCCUCCAUUUGUUACCUUGGCAUUGAGAGCAUUAUUUACUUUCUCUUGACAAUUGGGCUUGAACUGUUGCCUUCUCACAAGUUAACUCCAGUUACAAUCAAGCAAUGUUGGAGGAAUUUUAAAAAUUUCUGGCAUGGUUCUUCAGGAUUUUCUGAACCUCUUCUAAAAUUUCCGUCAGAAGUUGUUGGUGUUGACUUUGAGGAAGAUAUAGAUGUGCAAACAGAAAGAAACAGAGUACUAUCAGGAUCUGUUGACAAUGCCAUCCUUUACUUACGCAAUCUUCAGAAGGUAUAUCCUGGAGGAAAAUAUGGCAUGAAAGUUGCUGUGCAUUCAUUGACUUUCUCAGUUCAACCAGGAGAAUGUUUUGGAUUUUUAGGAACAAAUGGAGCUGGGAAGACUACAACUCUGUCGAUGUUAUCUGGAGAAGAAUCUCCAACUGAUGGAACUGCCUUUAUUUUUGGCAAAGAUAUACGUUCAAAUCCCAAGGCUGUUCGUCGGCAUAUUGGAUAUUGCCCCCAAUUUGAUGCUUUAUUGGAAUUCUUAACUGUCAGAGAGCAUCUUGAGCUUUAUGCAAGAAUAAAAGGAGUUGCAGAUUACAGGAUGGAAGAUAUUGUCAUAGAAAAGAUGGUGGAGUUUGACCUGUUGAGGCAUGCUGAUAAACCAUCUUUCGCCCUUAGUGGGGGAAACAAGCGCAAAUUAUCUGUUGCAAUUGCAAUGAUCGGAGAUCCUCCAAUAGUAAUUCUUGAUGAGCCAUCAACAGGUAUGGAUCCUAUUGCCAAACGAUUCAUGUGGGAAGUGAUAUCCCGUCUAUCCACUAGACAAGGAAAGACGGCUGUAAUUCUUACAACCCACAGCAUGAAUGAAGCUCAGGCACUGUGCACACGUAUUGGAAUAAUGGUUGGAGGCAGAUUAAGAUGCAUUGGAAGUCCCCAGCAUCUGAAAACACGAUUUGGGAAUCACCUUGAGCUAGAGGUUAAACCCACUGAGGUUAGCUCAGUGGACUUGGAAAAUCUUUGCCAAAUUAUUCAAGAAAGGCUUCUGAACAUUCCUUCACAUCCAAGAAGCUUACUUGACGACAUUGAAGUUUGCAUUGGAGCAGUUGACUGCAUCACAUCUGAAAAUGCUUCAGUGGCAGAGAUCAGCUUGUCCCAAGAAAUAAUAAUGUUGAUUGGACGCUGGCUUGGCAAUGAAGAAAGAGCGCACACACUUUUAUCAACGCCAGUUUCUGAUGGGGUUUUUGGUGAACAGUUAGCAGAGCAGUUGGUUCGAGAUGGUGGGAUACCACUACCAAUAUUUUCUGAGUGGUGGUUAGCCAAAGAAAAGUUUUCAGCUAUUGAUUCAUUUGUGCUGUCUUCAUUUCCUGGUGCUACAGUUCAAGCGUGCAAUGGUUUGAGUGUUAAAUAUCAGCUGCCAUACAGAGACGGGCUCUCGCUUGCAGAUGUUUUUGGACACCUGGAGCAAAAUAGAAAUCAACUGGGCAUAGCAGAAUACAGUAUCAGCCAGGCAACUCUCGAAACCAUCUUUAAUCAUUUUGCAGCAAGUUUGUGAGUAAACAUUAGUUCACUGAACACCGUUGUUUACCACUCUUUCCUUUUGUUACCUUGGAGGGAUCAUAGGAGAUGCUUCUGCCUACUGUAAUGGAAAGAAAGAAAGAAAGAAAGAAAUUUCAUCUGUAACUGUGAAUAUACAUCGAAGCAUAAUUAAAAAAAAAAUGUAGGAAUGCUUCUGGGGAAUUUCCCUUCCCCUCACACAUGAUGAUUACCAACCUUGUCUCCUUGGCCAUACAUGUGCUCUUUCACUUUAUAAAAGAAAAUUUUGAAUUCA